CCGUAACCAGGUCGCCUGGCUGAUUCACCGCCACAGUAUCCAAACGUUGAUUACGCAAAAAACGUUCUAUUGGUCGUGGUGACAAAGAGAGCGAGCAGAGACCGUCGGAGAAGGAAUAAAAAAAAGAAUUUUCUGAAAUGCUGAGUGGAUUUUAGAGAGCGUUUUCUCCUGGAACCGCGACAUCAAGCUGAUUUCACAACCGAGAGUAUUUUUCUGCUGGACUUUGAGAAAAAACAUCCGUGUGUAUGGAGUUACAUCAGACGGGAGGCUCGCUGAAAACAGUUUUAAAAUUGGUCUAUUGGAAAAUUCGCAUUUGAGUCGUUGGUUGGCUAGAGCAAGGAAGCCGCCAUGGCUGGUACUGCUAGAUCGCAGAGUCUCCACCUCAGAAUAUGAACAAAUAGCCCUCCUAAUGAUCUUAUGUUUUAAUGACAUACAACGUUGUUUGUGACAUUUUGUAGACGACCAACUACAGGAAAUAUUUUGUAGGCCUAUGUGUCAAUCUACGUAUGAAUCCGACGCGAUUCAGAACAAGAGAAUCGGUGGGAUUUUUCGGGGGAAACAGGGAAACGACCGAUUUGAUGACUAUUUUUACUGACACUGACUUUUAACAGACCUCUAUCUCUUGCGACAAAGACACUGCUUUUAAAGGAUGGUUUGAAGGAAAGACUGUCAGUGGAUGGGAGAAGGUAGCGAACCAGCUGAAGAAAACGACAGAAAGGAGUGAAGUGGAGAAAGUGUUGCCUUUUUCUUUUGACUAUUUUGUUUUAAAUAGUCCCCACAGAGGUCUUUGAACAGUGACCAAGUUGAUCAAAAGUGUCAAUCGUCCCAAAUCGAGAAAAAAUACAGGGAUUUACGAUUGGAAUAUGUCGGGUCGGCCAAGAACCACCUCCUUCGCAGAGAGCUGCAAACCAGUGCCGCAGCCUUCGGCAUUUGGCAGCAUGAAAGUCAGCAGAGACAAAGAUGGCAGCAAGGUGACGACGGUGGUGGCGACUCCGGGCCAGGGCCCCGACCGGCCGCAGGAGGUCAGCUACACCGACACCAAGGUGAUCGGCAACGGCUCCUUCGGGGUGGUCUACCAGGCCAAGCUGUGCGACUCCGGGGAGAUGGUGGCCAUCAAGAAGGUCCUACAGGACAAGAGAUUCAAGAAUCGGGAGCUUCAGAUUAUGAGGAAGUUAGACCACUGCAACAUUGUGCGCCUGCGCUACUUCUUCUACUCCAGUGGAGACAAGAAGGACGAGGUGUAUCUGAACCUGGUGUUGGACUAUGUUCCUGAGACGGUCUACAGAGUGGCCCGCCACUACAGCAGAGCCAAGCAGACACUCCCCAUGAUCUACGUCAAGUUGUAUAUGUACCAGCUGUUCCGCAGCCUGGCCUACAUCCAUUCCUUUGGCAUCUGCCAUCGCGACAUCAAGCCUCAGAACCUGCUGCUGGACCCCGAGACCGCUGUGCUCAAGCUCUGUGACUUUGGCAGUGCUAAGCAGUUGGUGCGCGGGGAGCCCAACGUGUCCUACAUCUGCUCACGGUACUACAGAGCCCCCGAGCUCAUCUUCGGAGCCACAGACUACACCUCCAGCAUAGAUGUGUGGUCAGCUGGUUGCGUGCUGGCUGAACUGUUGCUAGGGCAACCAAUAUUCCCUGGCGACAGUGGGGUGGAUCAGCUGGUUGAGAUCAUCAAGGUGCUGGGUACCCCGACAAGGGAGCAGAUACGCGAGAUGAACCCCAACUACACAGAGUUCAAGUUCCCCCAGAUCAAGGCCCACCCUUGGACUAAGGUGAGUCAACAGGUGUUCCGGCCCCGUACGCCCCCGGAGGCGAUCGCGCUGUGCUCUCGGCUGCUGGAGUACACGCCCACGGCCCGCCUGACGCCGCUGGAGGCCUGUGCCCACUCCUUCUUCGACGAGCUGCGUGAGCCCAACAUCAAGCUGCCCAACGGCCGCGACAAGCCAUCGCUCUUCAACUUCACUACUCAGGAGUUGUCCAGUAACCCCUCGUUGGCCUCCAUCUUGAUUCCUGCCCAUGCUCGUAACCAGGCCGGAGCCUCCACCCCCACCAACGCUUCAGCCACCACAGAUGCCAACAGUGGAGAUCGCGGCCAGACCACCACCACUGCCUCUGCCUCCGCCUCUAACUCAUCCACCUGAGUGCCCCAGCCAAUCAGGCCCUUCCCUCUAGUCUAAGCCGACGCCCACCCCGAUUGCUCAUUGGUCAGAUACCAACCAGAGAGAAGGGGGGAAGGGGUGGGUAGAAUAAAAACCCCGUAAAAUAAUUCACAAAAUGCAGACAACUACAACAACAACCCAACCGACACACAAGACAUUUCACACAACAUGCUCAACGCUCUACACUUACCGAAAACAGAUGAACAUGUACCGAUAAUGUUAACUCCCAUCCCCCCUUUAUUGUGAUGUGUUUAUUUUCUAAAAAAAGGACAAAAACUUUUGUAUAUUUCUGCAAAACACAUGUAUGGAGCAAAGUCUUUAUGUAUGUCUGUGUGUGUGUGUGCGGGGAGGAGGCAGAGGGAGAGAGCAAGGGCAAAUGUAGAGAUCGGAGGAGUGGUGGUCCACUUCAACACAACAAAUAAACUCACACAAAGACACACAUUCAAACACACCCACACACACAUACUCUGUAUGCAUGCAGGUACAAAUAUCACACACACGCACGCACACACGCAUACACACACACAUGCAUGCACACACUAAGCCAGAGAGCUUCUUGUAUAGUAGCUCUCGGAGGACAAUCUCCUCUGUGGAAGCAAUCCUGUAGCUGAAAUCCAUUCACUUCCCUCCUCUCCUCCCUCUCCCUCUCUCUCUCUCUCUCUGUCUCUCUCCCACCUGUCCUCCAUCCCUUCCCCUCUCUCUCUGUCUCUUCAGUCACUGCUCACCAACUCUUAACCACCUCCUCCUCCUCUUCCCUCCCCUCUCAUCAGACUUACACUUGACCCUUGAGUUCUCCCACCCACCGCUGCCAGGCUCCAUGUCAUCACUAGCCCUGGGACACACAGUAAUGGUGCAUGGCUUCAAUUAGGUUGGGAACAUCCAAAACAUGUAGUCAUUGCAUAGGUUUUUUGUUCUUCUUAAAAAUGGAUCAAAAAUCGUGUAAAAAAAUGCAUUGAAAAGAAGUUCCGUUGACCUGAUUUUAUUAGUCCAAUAAUGACCUGUCAAAUAUGUACUCUUUCGAGGGGGGAGAAAAAAAAAACAAGUUGAGAAAUUCGUUUUAAGAAAAAGAGUUGAACCCCUAUUGUUUUUUUGUUUUUUUUUCGCAUGCCGAAGCAAUGUACUCGCAACGAUGGGUUCAGAAGUUGGUUCAAAUUUUAAAAACGGGGCGUUUUUAUUAUUGUUUUUAUUUUCCACGUGUUCUUGUCAUUUGAUUUGGUUUGUUUGGUUUUAAUGUAAUUCUGUUUGCUAAGGCGGGAGGUUGAAACAAAGAUAUAAGGGCUUUUGAAACCAGGGGGGGUAGAGACGCAACGGUCAGACCUUACGAUUGACAUACGAGAUUAUGUGUGUGUGUGUGUGAUAUGUCUCCCAUUUAUUUGUUUUUGUGCCAUCGCACAUGCAUAAACACUUUAUAUAUUAAUUUGCGUCAUAUAAAAUCCUCUAUAUAUUUUAGGUAUAUCUAUAUGUAGAUAUAUAUCCAGAAGUGUUGGGGUUGGAGUCUGUCGAGAUCACGGUUGCGAUAUUUGCUGCUGCCAUUGUGUUCUGUUUUUGUUUUUUUACUAUUUUUCCAAGAAAAUAAUACACAAAAUGGAAACACACAAAUCUACACACACACACACACACACACACACACACACACACACACACACACACACACACACACACACACACACACACACACACACACACACACACACACACUCACUUCACAAUAUCCAUGCACAUGCUUGUGUUUCUUGGAACACUUGACGAGGGUUUUGUUUUGUCCAUGCUGAAUGCUUCCAGGGGGUAGUGUGUUCACUCUCGGUCCUUAACGUAUGAGAUUUUUGCAGAUGACAUUAGACAGCCGUACACAAUUCGUACACGAUUGACGUAUUUAUUUUGAAUUGUAUGUUUUGGAGGCAGCGGCCUCUUCUGUCCGCCAUUUGUACCGUAUAUGCUUGCUGCUGCAUCAUUUGACUAGUAUGCUUACAAGUGCAAGUGGUGCAGGUGAGAGAAGAGAGUUGAUAGGCAAGCUGAGGUAGUUCCGAGGGCAGACAGAGAGGCGAUACGGUGUGAUAUGAUCCUUUGCUUUUUUUAAACAGUGUUUAUUGGAAAAGCAGAAUGGAAACCAAGGUAGCGCUCUGCGUGGGAUCCACCUGUAGAAAAGCCCUGUGUUUGUGUCACGGGUAUCGGAUUUGAAGACUCUUGUGUGCUGUACAGUAGAGUUUGUACAGCACAUACAGGCCCAUAGAGAUCUGUCAUAUCAGCUGCAGAGAUGAGAGGGAUGCUGAUGAUGAUGAUGAUGAUGAUGAUGAUGAUGAUGAUGAUGAUACACUCUGUCCAACACUCAGCUGCCCAUAGCAUCUUAACCACUAACUGGCCAAUGUUCCGUUUUCUUAAACUUUUACAUUUUAUUUUUAUCACUCAUUUUUUAAACUGUUCCUCUUCAUCAACCUUGACCUCUCAAGAGCCCAGAGAUGGACAGAACACCCCCGUACCUCCCCCCCCAAGCCCACCUCUCAUCCCUCCAGUGGCAUGGCAUCAGAGGGAAAAGAAUUAAUGUAAACACACACACACACACACACUACAACAGCUGUUUAUCCGCACCGCAGUCAACUGAAAUAAUGGUUCCAUAAGGAAUCUGUGUAUAUAAAUACAGUCAUACACAUUCACCCUCGAUAUCACACACAUUCAUAAAUAUGAAUAUAGCGUAGAUAACCAUUUGCUCCUCACCAAAUUCUGGCUUGUUGACUCUUGAAUUUCUGUUGGUUUUUAUUAUAUUUGUUUUAUCCAUUUUUUUGUUUCUUUUUGUUUGUUUUUCUUUGUUAUUUCUGUGGGUAUGUUCACCGUAUGUAAAUAGGCUGACCUAAGAACUGUUCAAAGAGCAAAAACAAAAGGGUGAGGGAUUAAAAAAAAGAAUAAAAAGUAAACAAAAAGCAAACAAAAAUAAAAACAGAAAACAAAUACAUAAAAAUCUUUAAAAUAAAAAGUGAGAAAGAUUAACGAAAAAAAAAAAUAUUCAGGGCAAAUAUGAACUGAUUGUUGGAUACUGUAGAUGAGACAGACGCUUUCUCCAGCCAUAGAGUUCAAUCCUAUCUGUACAGUAGGUGACAGCUAUAUUGUAACAAUAACCAGUCCUGUAUAGUGUAUCUAGAGUUUGGAGUGCCUUUGCUUCCUUGACUCCCACCCCCUCCUGCCUUCCUCCUUUGUCUGUCCCCGUAAACCCAAAAGGUCCCCACAGUGCACACACACACACACACACACACACACACACACACACACACACACACACACACACACACACACACACACACACACACACACAUUCACUGUAGUGUAGAUACACACACACACACACACACACACACACACACACACACACACACACACACACACACACACACACACACACACACACACACACACGCUUACAGACACACACACACACACACACACACACACACACACACACACCAAUGCAGUAGCCUCUUCCUUUGUGCCCCUCUCUUGGGUGCUUUUGAUUGGACAGACUUGUUGACACCCUCCUGCCUUCACCUACAUUAUUUUCUUUCUCUCUCUCUCUCUCUCUCUCUCUCUCUCUCUCUCUCUCUCUCUCUCUCUCUCUCUCUCUCUCUCUCUCUCUCUCUGUACUUCAAAGCGUUUCGGGGGGGCUUCAUCGUAAUGUAAUGUGUUCAAAGCCCGUGAGCAGGCCCUUCGCCCCAUCUUCCUGAAUGUACAGUACUGUAUGUGAUGUCACCCUGUGGUACAGUAGCUCUGCCUGGUGCUCGGACUCUUCAGGUGGUCAGUGAGGGGGUCGCACAAACAGAAUCACCUCUCACCGAACCUUACCGGGGGAAAAAAAAGAAAACGAAACACAACACAAAACAUGAAAACCCAUACUCACAUAUACGUGUUUCUUGUAUCUUUUCCCUGUAUCUGUUUUUUUUCGUCUUUCUUUUUUUCUGUCAUAAUAUAUCGGAAAAUGAAAGUGUUAACAUUUUGUUGAGUGUUUCACUACCAAAGCCAGACAGUGAUGUCAUAACUCAUCACCAAAUCUAAGCCACACCCACCCCCUUUGGAGGCAAUAAUGAUUUGUUUAUUUUCCUGUUUGUUUGCUCGUUUUCCUUUGUUAUUUUGUUUUGUUUAUUUGGUCUGUAGUACCAUACUGUCCAGGAUGUAAGACUCACAGUCAAUAGCACACACUAGAGGGGUCCUGUAGCUUAACCCCCUCCUCUCAUCUUGACACCCCUCCACAGCUCCCCUGCCAUUCACACAACCCUGACGCCAUAUCCCAUCAACCCCCCCACACGCCCUCUCUCUUCCCCUUCCUCUGCCCACUUCUGAUGUAAAGCUUGCUUGUAAGAUUUGCAUUCAUGUAUGUGUUGCUAUCCACAAAAAUGGUGUGACCACUUUCUUGUGACUCAAGUUACAAUAAGAGUUGAGAAAAAAAAGAAAAUAAAAAAAAUCAUUAAAACAUGUAAAGACACAAAUGUUUAAAAUAGUAUUUACCAAAAAAUGUCUGGUAACAAGAAAAAGAAGAAAAAAAUAUAUAGAAAAAACUUCAAGGACUGUUGGUUGUAUACAGACGCAUCACACACCUCUUGUGGAUUUAAAACAGAAACACAACUGUCUUGGGUUUUAAAAGAAGAUAAAGACAAAAAAAUACAGCUGAAUGAUAACCUGUAUAACAUUAACUACUACUUGAAUGCCUCUCGUUUGUGACUGAAAUUUUUAUUUUAUUUGAAAUAUAUACUUUUUUUCUGUGAAGGUAUGCUAAAUGUCUCCUUUUUCCUUGUAAAUAUGUCCGUUUUGGUCCUUGGUGUGACUCCGAUUCAGAGAAAUAGUUACCUGGUACUGUAAUUUGCAUUAAAUAAAGAGUAGGAUAGCCUGGAAAUGAA